CAGCAGCAUGAGGAGGCGCGGUAUAUAGGGGCCCAUGGCAGAUUAGGGGCCUGGCAGCAGCUAUGGGAGGCCCGUAAUCUGCCAGCACCCUAUGUCAAAAAAAUUCUACACACCAGCAGUGUGUGAGGAGACCUGAAAGUGGCACAUGGCAGAGUGUGGCAUGAGAGACAGCAGCAAUGGGGAGGCCGUACAGGGACCCAUGAGAGACUCUGGACCUGGCAGCAGCAUGGCAGAGUGUGGCGAUGGAGACAGCAGCAAUGGGAGGCCGUACAGGGACCCAUGAGAGACUCUGGACCUGGCAGCAGCAUGA